CGUUUGUUUCCAGUCGGCUCGCUGUUAUUGACAUUUGCCGGAGGUGUUUAGCAAGUUAGCGCUUGUUUAUGUUAUAAAUAAGGGAUGUAAUUACUGUUAUUAUAAUGUUAUGAGUGUUCUGGUGAUGGUUUAGACUUUAGUGCAGGACUAUGGUGUAAGAUAAGAGGCUGUUAGUGCGGGGAUAGUGGUGUUAGCGGCUGUACUGAACUCUACAGAAGGUGUGUGUGUGUGUGUGUGUGUGUGUGUGUGUGUGUGUGUGUGUAGGUCAGCCAUGCUGACGCUGACGAGAAAGCUGAAGAAGGAGGACGGGGUCCAGGCGAGCGGAGCGGCCUCGGGUUCCACCGACGCCUCACACAGAGUCUCGGUCCGGGACCGACUCCUCAUUAAAGAGGUUGCAGAGCUGGAGGCGAAUCUUCCCAAUACCUGUAAGGUCCUGUUUCCUGAUGUCAACAAGCUCCAUCACUUUCAUCUGACCAUUAGUCCAGAUGAAGGGUACUACCUGGGAGGGAAGUUCCAGUUUGAGAUUAAAGUUCCUGAAGCCUACAACAUGGUGCCUCCUAAAGUGAAGUGCUCCACCAGAAUAUGGCACCCAAACAUCGCUGAGACAGGAGAAAUCUGUCUGAGUUUACUGCGCGAGCACUCGAUCGAUGGCACAGGGUGGGCACCCACACGCACGCUAAAGGAUGUAGUUUGGGGAUUGAACUCACUCUUCACUGAUCUGCUGAACUUUGAUGAUCCACUGAACAUAGACGCUGCUGAGCACCAUCUACGGGACAGGGACGACUUCAGGAGUAAAGUCCAGGACUUCAUUAAAAACUAUGCAAGAUGAUGCGGCGGCGGCCGCCCGCGUGACUGAGCCGGCCGCUCGCGGUCACGCCCGACGCCCACCGAGACGAAACCCCGCCGAAAAAAAACCCGAAAGCGAGACGGACUCCGAGCCUGCUGAAUCCUCCACACGAACUGAAGCGUGGGGGGGGGGGCGCGGCUUUUCUUUUCUUGGUUGUAAUUAUCGCUCGGGGCCGACUGCAGAAGCCGUCAAUCGCUAGCACAGCUGGCUCGCCGUCGUCCGCGGCUAAACGCUAACUAAAUAAAGAAAGUCAUCUCGGGCGAUCGGAAGAGCGGCGCCGUUACCCCUUCCCCCCCCGUCCCCCUCGUGUGCUAGUGCCUCUGUGAUCUCACGCUCAAGCCUGCAAAGCUCCCGGUUCUUCGCGGUCACACAGACGUAAAUGUCGCGCCCUGAUGUUUUUUUGCUAGCGGAUGAACACGCUGCUUGUUUUGAGCGUCUCAUGUUCUGCACGUUGUGUGAAACCACACUCCUCAUGUUGUGGUGCUUCUGAUUGAGUAAAGUCACUUUUAAACUCC